AUCUGCACGUCGUCUACUUGUCAUUGCAGAAUGCAAAUUACAGAGUAGUACAGUUGACUACCAUCCAGCUCACUAGUCACUAGUACCAGCGCAAAUUUGCAGCUGCCGAAGCCGACGCCGCCGCAGCCGCCGCCGCCGUUGCCGUUAUCCUGCCGCCGCCGCCGCCGUUGCCGUUAUCCUGCCGCCGCCGCCUUGUUCGAAGAAAUGGGCAAAAGGGCCAUCCGAUACGCCGUGGUGGAUGCCUUCGCGGCUGAGCCGUUCAAGGGCAACCCCGCCGCGGUAUGCCUCCUCGAAGAGGAGGGCGCCUCCGCGGCCGUGGACGACCGGUGGAUGCAGUCCGUCGCCGCCGAGUUCAACCUCUCGGACACCGCCUUCCUCGCCCGUGACUCCUCCGGGGCAGCCGGCGCAGCCCCGCGGUUCCACCUCCGAUGGUUCACUCCCGUCACCGAGGUUGACCUCUGCGGCCACGCGACGUUGGCCUCUGCGCACUUCCUCUUCACGACUGUUCUUCCGGAGCAUGGCAAGCUGGAGUUCACGACCAGGUCCGGGACCCUAACUGCCAAGACAGUUCCUGCACCAGGGAACACUGGCGUCCCAGGUGACAAGCAGGGGAAGCUGUUUAUUGAGCUGGAUUUCCCCAUGAUUGGCUUUCUGGACUGCAAUGAAAUGCCGUUGAUUCCGGAGACCCUAAACGGUGCACCCAUUGUCAGCGUUCACAAAUCGGCGACCGACGGGGACCUCAUUGUGGAACUUUCUUCGGGAAAAGAAGUUGUGGAUAUCCUUCCUAGCAUCGAUGAAAUUAGAAACUUGGCCUGCAGGGGUCUCAUUGUUACAGGACCGGCGCCUGCUGGAUCUGGUUAUGACUUCUUUACACGUUUCUUCUGCCCAAAAUUUGGGAUAGAUGAGGACCCCGUUACUGGCAGUAUACAUUGUGUUUUGGCACCCUAUUGGGGCAGAAAGCUGGGGAAGCAAAAAUUGACGGCAUUUCAAGCAUCUCCCAGGGGUGGAACACUAUACCUGCAACUGGAUGACGCAAAUCAGAGAGUGCAAAUCCAGGGAGAAGCUCUAACUGUGAUGGAUGGAACGCUCCUAGCCUAGCCAGCAUGCCUUUGGCAAUUUCGCAUCCAUGAUCCAUCUACUCGUAUAUGCUUUGAAUUGAAGGACAACCAUUCGUCCAUCUACUCGUAUAUUCAUGGAGUUAUGAUUUGACUUUGGAUAGUGGUGAUUCUGUUUGUUGUUA